AUGGCUACUCUGCUCGCCCGGCCGCAGCCCCAGCUAUCGCCAGCUGAAGCUCUCCAUCUGGCGCAACAAGCUCCCACCAUCCUGAAGAGCAACCCCAAGGCGUUCUCGGCCUCACCUCUUGUAUCCCUCUUCUCAGCGGCUGAGACCGUAGAGCUAUGGACCAUAUAUGAGAAUCUUAUUGUUACAUGUCUCCAGACGGGCGAUGACGAUUCAGCACAUCUAUGCUUGGAAAGAUUGAUUCUGCGGUUUGGAGACGAGAACGAACGCGUGAUGGCACUUAAGGGUCUUAUCAAAGAAGCAGAGGCAACAAACAACAAUGAACUGCAGACAGUUCUAAAGGAAUACGAGGAUAUCCUGCAACAGGAUGGCACAAACAUUUAUAUCGCCAAGCGACGAGUAGCCCUUUUGAGAUCUAUGGGAAAGACGCCUGAGGCGAUCUCGUCAUUAGUAUCGUUGCUCGAGUUCAACCCCACUGAUGCUGAAAGCUGGGCAGAGCUCUCGGAUCUCUACCUCUCACAAGGCCUGUACUCCCAGGCUAUUUAUGCCCUAGAAGAGGUCAUUGUACUAGCACCUAAUGCGUGGAACUUGCACGCAAAGCUGGGCGAGGUAACGUUGAUGGCAGCCAACGAGACAAGCGAUGGAUCUCCUCAAAAGUAUCUUGCAAACUCAGUGAAGCGGUUUUGCCGAAGUAUUGAGCUUUGCGAGGAUUACCUACGAGGAUAUUACGGUCUGAAAAAGGUCACCGACAAAAUCUUGACCGAGGUCACCAAGUUCAAGAAGCAGCAACCCGAAGAAGACGAAUUCUCCCUACCAGAUCAAGAUACUCUCCAAAAACUGAAUCAGGCGGCUACUCAGAAGCUAGCAGAGAUCGUCCGCAGAUACGGAGCUCAGGAACCUUUGUGGCAGGGGUACAAUGCAGAUGAGAUCGCUGCUGCUCGGGAGUUGCUUGACAAGUCGUCUUCAGAGGUUGUCCGGUGA